GAGUAUGUCCUCAAUGUUAUGCACCUGCAACCACCUGUUUAACUGACCUGUGUCUGACGUGUCAUCAUGAUGUCUGACGUGGCAUCAGUUGGUUGGACAUGACAAGUCAGUCUGGCGUGGGAUCAGUACGAGGAAGUGUAGAGGAGGGAAAGACAAAGAAGAGGCGCCUAUGACGACGAUGGCGGGCACUUCUGUGUGGGCUACGGUCUUCUUUCAAAAGAGGGAGAACAACCUAUGGAUGAAGAGGAGGCUCUUCUUUCUGAUGGGCCUUGUCAUGGCUGUGGUCGUUGCGCCGUCCAUGUGUGGUGUGGGGGCAACAACACGUGUCGCCAUUUCCAGGACUCACUGCUAUGCCGCCCGCGGCAAAAAGGGGUUGCUGAUGUUCCCAAUCAACCGACGCAGUGAUUACGAGGUGAUGCCACCGCCCGUAGGCCUUGGGCAGGUGUACGACAUCUUCUUGGAGCCGUCGGGUCGUUUCCUGUUUGUUCUCUCGCUGGGUGGGUCGGUGAACGGCACAGAGUCGAUGAGCGGGUUCACCGUGCUGUCCCUAGCCGAUCCCAUGGCACCCGCCGUCAUUGGGACGCCUCUGCCGGUCCCUGCGGGCCCGUAUGGGGCCAUCUGCGGAAAGGCCGGGACGGUCAUCGUGGCCGGAGGAGAGUCAAAUUUAACAGUUUGGAGGUACGACAGGUCGACCGGAGCAAUUACGGGCGGAAGGCCUGUCAAAAGUUUUCGCAUUGGCAAGUCGCAGGACCGCGUGCUUCUGUCCAACGACGGGCGGGUGGCGUACGUGAAGGGCGAGCUCGACCCAGCCAUGGGUAUGGGGGUUGGCUAUGGUGUCAUGAUUGUGCCCUUGAGCAAUCCGACAUUGAUCCAACCCAUCCAAGUCCCCAAUGCCCCCGCUCCUCUGGGGUCGGGGAUGCCCCCCCUUGUCUUCCCCAUGGAAAGCGCCCUUUCCGAAGACGGAAAGGUGCUGUUUACAGCUCACGGGGAGGGCGUGUCGUCCGUCAACGUCUCCGAUCCGUUGGAUUGCCUUCUGCUGACCGACGUAGAGACCAUUCCGCAGGAAUACUACUCCAUCGCCGUUGUCGGUCAGCGCGCAUACGCUGUAGGGUACUCCCCUUAUCCCAGAAUGAUUGAGCUGGACGUCAGCGACCCGGAGAAAUUGGUCGUGAAGAAGCUAUGGCGGCUCACAUUCAAGAAACCGGUCAGCAUUGCCGCCAACGAGAAUUUUUUCUUCAUCGGCGACCGAGCAUCCGACUGCGUUGUGGUGAUUGACAGGACAAACUACUUGGCAUCGUGGGCGGGCUGUACGGUGAAGCCCAAACCCCUGUCGCCCGUUCGCUCAUCACUGCAAGGUCAGCGUGGGCCAGGCAGCUGGCGAGGCACUCCAAACACCCCCUCCCUUCCACCUCCCUCGUCUUCCUCCUCAGGAGCACCGGCAGGCACAAGGCACAGGGGCCAUUGAGGCAGGCAGGGAGCGUAGACCAUCUAUUGUCACAGCCGGUCUAAUGGUCUAAUGGUCUAUGAGUUGUUAAUGUGAUCCUUAGACGGGGUAGACAAUGGAGCAUCUGUCUGUCGUCAUCUGCCCUUGCGCGGUGGGUGCAAAUUGAUGUCUAGUAGUCAUAAAGAGCCUGAUUUUUAAAAUUAUUUUUGUUCUUUUUUUUCGUUUGAAUGUGCCCGGCAAGCUGGGUGGUGUGCACAGACUUCUUCCCCGUGGACACGCCUCCCUCAUGUCCCUCUUCGGCUGUUCUCCUUCAGACACCAACUUUCCAUUUGGAGCUGUGCCUAAUAUGGAGUGGAAGGCCAACAACAGUCCUUGGGACUGCACAUAGGCACGUGCACAUCCCCCUGCCCCCCUGGAAUGAAUGCAUGACCACAUUCAUUCACACAGAUGGUGGGGUGGGAAUCUGCUAUGGGAGCUUGAAGGAACCUUCCCUGAACUUUCCUCUAGCGAUGUCGUGCGUGCUUGCGGGGCUUCCGUUCUUUCGUCGUUCGGCGGUUCCUUCCAAACCACUGGUCAGGGAUGCUGACGUACGUAUCGCUGUUGCUCUAGCGUCAGGGGCGCUGACGUACGACCAAAGCGUCGAUCACCGUCAAGGUUGUCACUGACGUAUGACGCGGCAAUUUGUCACUGUUCUACGACCAAAGUGCCGAUCACCGCCAAGGCUGUGACUGACGUACGCCUCGCUGUCCUGCCAAAUUCUGCGGCGAUUAACGUCGUUGCGGGACAGAGGUCUUCCUUCAGAAGAGCCGCACAGAAAACCUCUGGGUUUUGCCCGGCAUGCGAUUGCUGCGAUUGUCGGUGCCACCUUAUCACAGCUCCUGUUGUCUGUCGUCAGCCCCCUCUUGACGUCAGGAGGGGUCUGACUAGCGACAUGUGACGGACACGAGCAAAGGGGGUUAGAGAACCCUGCGGGCGUCUGGGAUGUGUGAUGACAAGGGGUGAUCUUCCUGGGCAAGCAGCUCCACCGAAAGGGGGCAGGGAUUUGCUCAUGCGAUGAAUGCUGUAACGGCCGAUGCUACCGGACAAUGGUUGCUGCUGUUAGGAACGUUAUCCGACAGAGUCUGUCGCAGAUGAAGAAGGAGAAGAAGAAGUGCAUCGGCACAGCGAUGGCUAUACUCCGGAGGGCAUCGUGGUCUGUUACUGAAGACGACAGGAGUCCAUGCAUGUGGCCGUGGCAAGAGACAAGGUCUGUUGCAGGGGAUCUGACAGGUGGCAGGGUCUGUUUUGCAAACUGGAAUUGAUGGGGAUAGAACAACAAAGCGAGAGGAAAUUGUACAACAGCAGCCAUCUCUGGGCAGACGCAGCAAAAUCAGUUCCUGAAGAAGAAGAAGAAGAAGAAGAAGAAGAAGAAGGGAUUGGGAGUGACUGUGACGAGACAGGCGACAGGGUCUGCUGUGGGGGAAGAAUGUAAAUCUGUUUUCCAUGGAGAUGAAAAAGAAGAUGAUAAUGCUGUGGGGAAAGAAUGUAAAUCUGUUUUCCAUGGAGAUGAAAAAGAAGAUGAUAAUGAAUGGAGGAUAGCAAC